ACACACUGCAGUUUGCGACUUUGCACCGCGAGAGAGGAAGUGCAGCCAAGUGCGGCCAAGUGCAAACGAUAACAUUAUGGAAACGAUAUUAUUCAAACGCGAUACCAGCUGUGCUUGGCGCAACAAGUGCUUGAGCCGUAAAAUUCCCUUUUGACAGGCCCAGUCCCAUAAACCUUGUUUUAUUGGAAUCUCGUACAACCUACAGCACACCAUGAAUCUGGCUGCCAACACGCCAUGUCGUGUCCCCGGCCGACGUAUUCCCAGCUCGGACGCCAUUCUCUCCUGACCAUGGAUGUGAGCAACAGGUCAGCGUACUGCUAUUAUCGCCUGCUGGCCGAUGAUCAGCUGGAGGAUCUGUGCGGGCGUCCGCUGCACAACGCCAGCAGCCGCGAGGCGUUCGUCGUGGAGGGAUGGACACGGUUUGUCUAUCUGAUCACCUAUCCCCUGCUGCUCUUCCUGGGCACCGCCGGGAAUGCCUUCUGUCUCAAGCUCUUCCUGCAGAAUCGCAAGAAGACACUGCAGACGGUGCUGCUGAUGGUGCUGUGCCUGGCCAAUAUGGUGGUUAUGUUUCUCGAUUUGCCGGAAUAUUUCGGCUGCUACUGUAAUGGCAUUCGUGAUGACUCGAGUAUUGUGGAAGCAUUGCGACGCACAGCGGGAACAUUAAUGUGGACACAGCAUACCUUUAUUCUCAUCUCCAACUGGAUUUUAAUUUUACAUGGAAUCUCCAAACUGCUGACGAUCACCCGGCCCCGGCUGACGAUGGAGCCGUUUCACGGCUACGUUUCCGGUUUCGUCCUGACCAUCAUCUGUCUGCUCUUCUCCAUUCCGCACAUUAUUUUCUAUCAUGAAUGGCGCUCCGACACGGAGGCCGUGUGUCCCAUGAGCGUGUGCCACUAUCUGAAUAAAUUCUCCCGAAUCUAUCGCAGUCUGGAUAUUUCAUCCUUUGAGAUCGGCAUUCCCAUCAUCACCUAUGGACUGGUGCUGAUUGUCAGCGUGGCGGUUUUUGUGGUCAUAUGGAAGCAUCCCAAAUCGCGGCCGGUAAUAAGUAACGGAACGGUGGAUACUGAGAAACCCGUGGAGACGAAGGAAGUCGGUACUAUGGCCGAAAGCAUGGCGCUAACGACGCUGCAUGUUGUUGCAGAAGCGGACGAAGAGAAAGCCAGCUCCUCCCACUCCGUGCCGCCGGCCAUUCCCCUCAAAGCGCGCUGGUGGGGCCUGUCCUCCCCCGGGCGCAUGCUGAGCCGCUGCAUCCUGCUGUACCUCAUCACCCACCUCCCGGACAUGAUCUUCAUCCUCCUACUGACCCUCUCCAGCUAUCCCAGCUGCGCCCUGACCAUUCCCGAGGCGACCUUCAUGGACUACUACCCCGUCAUCCACAUCAUCGCCCUGGUGAAUUAUUCCCUGAAUUUCCUGUUAUAUGUCGGUUUACUGGAGAAAUGGCGACCGAAACGCCGGGUCCUGACCCCGACGGCCAAUGUCCGCGGCACGGUCCGCCCGGUGCAGUUUGAGCUGGCCCCCUUGGUCCGGGCUGUGGACACGUUGGCCGUGCCGCCGGGCAGUGCGUCGGGAUCGCGGAAGGUCUCCUCCGAAUCCGGAUUGCGGAAGAUAUCGCGGAGGUUGUCGUUCUGGACGCGCCCGAAGAAGUCGGAUGUCGCGGAGCCGGAAAAGCCGAUUGUGUCGGCGCUGGUGAAAGCCGUGGGCAGUAUUCUCAGUGACCAAGAGUUUCAAGAUUUGUGGCGUUUUCUUCCGUUCCGCUUCCGCAUCUACGCGCCGGAACUAAUUUUCUCCACCAGUGAAGAUGGAAUUAGUCUCUUCAAUUUUUUCGUCUCGGCGCGUGGUCACAAAUCUACCAUUAUCGCGGUGAAGACGCUGAAAGGGGAAAUUUUCGGGGCAUUCUGCGCCGACAGUUGGGAUGAGCGCGUUCAUGGUAAAAAGGAAUACUUAUUUUUCGGGACGGGUGAAACAUUCUUGUUCUCCUUUGAUCCCGUUUUGCGCUUGUAUCCCUGGGUGGGACUAUGUGGGAGAAAGACGACGCCGGAUUCGUGUUUGUUUAUGGCGGCCGACAGUAACUCGUUGAUAAUCGGCGGCGGGGGUGGCCAGGGAAUAUGUUUCAGUAAUUCGCUGGCGCGAGGAUUCUCUAGCCCGUGUGCAACCUUCGACAAUCCGGCAUUCUGUGAGAAUGGCGAAUUUGAAUCGGCGGUGGUGGAAGUGUAUGGUUUUGAGGAAAUGAUUCUCGACUCGGAUGAUCCUCUGCCGUCCACGAAAGUGUGAUGUGAUGCGUUGUGUGUGAAGAAAUUUGUUAGGUUUGUCAGUUCCGUCAUAUUUCUGUGGUAUGUGUUACGUUGGUGUACAAUAUUUGCGCUUAGCCAUGACAAUGUUUUGUUCUCUCUCUUAGACAUACUCUGUUUGCAAGUUGUUUGGUGGUUAGAUUUUUCGUUUCCCAUUAGGAAAUGUUGUUGAACUAAUGUUUUCUGCGCAGUUUUAAAACGUUACGUUCUGUGUAUGGUACGUUGUUGUACUUGUACAUUGUGAUUACGUUAUCAUUUUUACAUUUUUAUGGAAUUGAUUAAGUACAGUUUUGAA